CCGCCUGCGUCCCCCGCCGCGGCGGGCCUGGGUCGCUGCCGCGCGGCCCUGCUGCUCGCUGUGGCGCUGGACGUGGCGGGCAUGGCGGCGCUGCUGACCGGCGUGUUCGCGCAGCUGCAGGUGCACGGCCGCGACUUCGGCGACCUGCUCAUCUACUCGGGCGCGCUGCUGGUCUUUCUGAGCCUGCUCGGCUGGAUCCUCUGGUACACCGGCAACAUCGAGAUCUCGCGCCAGGAGCUGGAGCGCGAUUACGGCCUGCGGCCGUCGGCUAUCGCCCGCCUGGCACGCAAGCUGUCCCGCCGCUGGUCGGCGCCGGAUUGCACACCUCGGGGUGGCGUUCGGCGGCCCCGCGCCCCCGCGCCCCCGCCCGGCGCCCGCCCGCUCCCCCCGGCUCUCCGUGUAGCUUUUGUAAGUUACACGUCAAAAUGGCCGAUCUGA